GCCGCUCCUCCGCUCGGCCGCGAUUGGCCGGGGCCAGUCUCCGCCCGCCGCGGCCCGUGGUCGCCUCGCUCCGCACGGCGCCUGCCGCAAUCACAGCGGCCGCGGCGGCGACACCUCCGCAGGCAGCGCGGGUUUUUCUUUUCUCCCAUUUGUGGAGUAAAUAAAGAAGAGGGAUGAUACUGAAAGCAGUUGUGCUGCUGGGCUGUGCUCUGGGCAUCAGCACGUUCCCCAUGGAAGAACCUGAAGAUGGAGGCAAGCACUGGGUGGUGAUUGUUGCAGGUUCGAAUGGCUGGUACAACUAUCGACACCAGGCAGACGUGUGCCAUGCGUACCAGAUUGUCCACCGAAAUGGAAUUCCUGAUGAACAGAUCAUUGUCAUGAUGUAUGAUGACAUUGCUGAUAAUGAUGAAAAUCCAACAAAAGGCAUUGUCAUCAAUAGACCUAAUGGCACAGAUGUGUAUGCUGGAGUGCCCAAGGACUAUACAAAGGAGGAUGUUACUCCAAAGAAUUUCCUUGCUGUUCUCAGAGGAGAUGUGGAAGCAAUGAAGGGCGUGGGAUCAGGAAAAGUACUGAAAAGUGGUCCCAAGGAUCACGUGUUUGUUUAUUUCACUGACCAUGGAGCUCCAGGACUUCUGGCUUUUCCUGAUGACGAUCUUCAUGUGAAGGACUUGAAUAAGACUAUUUGGUACAUGUAUCAUCACAAAAAAUACCGGAAGAUGGUGUUUUAUAUUGAAGCAUGUGAGUCUGGAUCUAUGAUGAAUCAUUUGGCUGAUAAUAUCAAUGUUUAUGCAACAACAGCUGCCAAUCCCAGAGAGUCAUCUUAUGCAUGUUAUUAUGAUGAUGAAAGGCAGACUUAUCUUGGGGACUGGUACAGUGUGAAUUGGAUGGAAGAUUCAGAUAUGGAGGAUCUAAGAAAAGAAACACUCCACAAGCAGUUUCAGCUGGUGAAGAAACGCACCAACACCAGCCAUGUGAUGCAGUAUGGAAACAGAAGCAUCUCCUCCAUGAAAGUGAUGCAGUUUCAGGGCAUGGGGAAGAAAGCUAUCCCCAUUUCUCUGCCACCUGUAGAACACUAUGACCUGACACCUAGUCCUGAUGUCCCUUUUGCAAUCAUGAAACGAAAGCUGAUGGCUACCAAUGACAUUUAUGAGGCUAGGAAGAUUGCUGCAGAGAUGAAGACACACCUGGAGGUGAAAGAAUUUAUCCAAGAAUCCAUGCGAAAGAUAAUCACCUUAUUAACAGGAUCAAAAGAACAGACCAACCAAAUUCUGUCAGACAGAUUGACCAUCAGCAAUUACGACUGCUACCAGUCAGCGGUGAACCACUUCAAAGCUCGUUGCUUCAACUGGCACUUACCAUUGUAUGAGUAUGCACUGAGACAGCUGUAUGCCUUGGUCAACGUUUGUGAAGAAGGGUACCCCAUUGACAGAAUAUGCCUGGCCAUGGAUCAAGUGUGCCUUGGGUAUUGAUGGAAACAACAGUCCCUAAUAUAACCCUUACUACAAGUGAUAACUUUUCAUAACUAAUAAUCGAGACUUUACAUGCAUGCCACAUGAAGAGAGUCAGCCGCGGUACUGGAACUGUGCUGGGAGCCGAGGCACCUGAACAUGAGCAAUACAGCACCUGC